AGGCCUUUCCUGCGCAUGCCCAUUGUUAAGAAAGACCGUUGCUGAGCAUGCGCCCUGCUGCCCACGCGUCCUGUGAGCAGAGCCGAGGAAGAAGCAGUGGUGUGGACGGUGUCGUGAUCUUUCUGGCUGCCUGCCCUCAACCGGGUGAAAAAUGAGUGGGCGUGUGAGAACAAGAUCUAAAUCUAAACAAAGAAAGGAUGAUGGCAAGGCUAACCAGCCAGCUGCACCUGUGGCUGCCCAGCAGCCCAGUGAUGAGCAACCUCAACAAAAGGAGGCACCCACUGAGUGUCAGCAUAUUAUGCCGGAGCGAGAGAAAGCAGUUGAAGAAGCACCUCUGGAUGAAGGCCCUGACCUGGAAUCUGGUAUCCAGGAACUGCCUGUGCCAAAGACUGGGGGCAAAAGUGAAGAUGACAGUGAUGUGAAGGGGGCGGAUGUCCCAACACUGGAGCCCGUGAAGAUGCCUGAAGCAGAUAUGUUAUCCAUUGAGAAUGCAAAGUGAAGGACAACCGAAAGUGUAAGCAAGAAGAAGCUGAAACCAUGCAAACUGCUCUCAUGUAGGAAGGACACUUCACUGUUAAAAAUCCCUCAAUAAAAUCUUACAACUUUC